AUGGGCUCAUCCCGCUGGGAGGGAGCCGCCGGCCUGCAUACUGGUCGCGGGGUGCCCUCCGCCCCUCCUCGGCCACCCUCCGGGGAAAUGGCGGCGCUCGCGCCCCAGCAUCCAGGUGUUGGGCCGCAUCUGCCAGCCUCUUACGUGGUUGGGUUCCUCAUCCCAAGGGCCUGUCGUUGCGCGUCUCAGUUUCAAGAAGCCCUUUCCUUCACCAGAUGCGGAGCACGAGCUCUCCCGAUGUCUGACGAAGGCGAGGGGAUCCGUGCCUCCUCUUCCUCCCCCUCCCCGCCCUCCUCCUCCUCUUCUCCCGCUCCUGCCGGUCAGACUCGUCUCCCUCAGCCGCCGAGACCCCUGAAGCGGCGGGCAUCUGCGCCACUUCCACGCACCGACUCGCGACCCAGAGACGCGUUUCCCAGCGAUCCGCUGGACUUGAUCGGGCGCUCGCCGGCGCGUCUAGGGCGAUGCUGCGCCGCGUCUCCGGUGCGCGACGGUCUCCAGAACCGCGGACAGCGGCGGCGCUCGCCACACAGAGCCGAUCAUGAGACGUGCAGCCCGGAGGAGUUGAUCGAGACCCCGCACAGCUGCGCUCCACCGGACACGUCAGAGGUCAUGCAUCGCAGGCACACCACCCUGCGAGAGAAGGGCCGUCGGCAGGCCAUCCGAGGCCCUGCCUACAUGUUCAACGAACGCGGCACCAGCCUCACAGCGGAGGAGGAGCGUUUCCUUGAUGCAGCAGAGUACGGUAACAUUCCUGUCGUCCGCAAAAUGCUGGAUGAGUCCAAAACGCUUAACUUCAACUGCGUGGACUACAUGGGGCAAAACACGCUGCAGUUAGCAGUCGGCAACGAGCACCUGGAGGUCACAGAGCUCUUGCUAAAGAAGGACGGGAUGGCACGCAUUGGCGACGCACUUCUUUUGGCGAUCAGCAAAGGUUACGUGCGAAUCGUGGAGGCCAUUUUGGCUCAUCCGGCAUUCGCAGGCGGUCUGAGACUGACUUUGAGCCCGCUGGAGCAGGAACUGAGGGAUGACGACUUUUAUGCUUACGACGAGGAUGGGACGCGGUUUUCGCAUGACGUGACGCCGGUGAUUCUGGCCGCACACUGUCAGGAGUACGAGAUCGUACACAUCCUGCUGAUGAAGGGCGCCAGGAUCGAGCGGCCACAUGACUACUUCUGCAAGUGCUGCGAGUGCACAGAGAAACAGAGACGCGACUCGUUCAGUCACUCCAGAUCACGCAUGAAUGCGUACAAAGGGCUCGCUAGCGCCGCCUACCUGUCACUGUCCAGUGAAGAUCCCGUACUGACCGCACUAGAGCUCAGCAACGAACUCGCACGACUUGCCAACAUAGAGACAGAGUUUAAGAAUGACUACAGGAAGUUGUCGAUGCAGUGUAAGGAUUUCGUGGUGGGUGUUCUGGAUCUCUGUCGUGACACAGAGGAAGUGGAGGCCAUUCUGAACGGUGAUGUAGACCAGAACCCACCCGCAGAACACCAGAGACCCUGUCUGAGCCGCAUCAAACUCGCCAUCAAAUAUGAAGUUAAAAAGAAUGACUACAGGAAGUUGUCGAUGCAGUGUAAAGAUUUCGUGGUGGGUGUUCUGGAUCUCUGUCGUGACACAGAGGAAGUGGAGGCCAUUCUGAACGGUGAUGUAGACCAGAACCCACCCGCAGAACACCAGAGACCCUGUCUGAGCCGCAUCAAACUCGCCAUCAAAUAUGAAGUUAAAAAGUUUGUGGCUCAUCCGAACUGCCAGCAGCAGCUGCUGACGAUCUGGUAUGAGAAUCUGUCGGGUUUGCGGCAGCAGUCCAUCGGGGUGAAGUGUUUGACCGUUCUGGGCGUCACUGUCGGAUUGCCUUUCCUCGCCAUCGCCUACUGGAUCAUGCCCUGCAGCAAGUUGGGUCAGAUAUUACGGAGUCCUUUCAUGAAGUUUGUUGCUCACGCCGUGUCGUUCACCAUCUUCCUGGGUCUGCUGCUUCUGAAUGCGUCGGACCGGUUUGAGGGUGUGAAGAACCUCCCCAACGAGACCAUAACGGAUCAUCCGAGGCAGGUGUUUCGCGUCAAGACCACGCAGUUCUCCUGGACUGAGCUCCUCAUCAUGAAAUGGGUUCUGGGCAUGAUCUGGUCGGAGUGUAAGGAGAUCUGGGUUGACGGGCCGCGUGAGUACGUGAUGCACCUGUGGAAUGUUCUGGAUUUCGGGAUGCUGUCGAUCUUCGUGGCCUCCUUCACCGCUCGUUUCAUGGCGUUCCUCAAGGCAUCUAAAGCUCAGCUCUACGUCGACCUGCACGUCCCCAACCACGACAUCAGCAGCGCAUCACUUCCUGCAGACAUCGCCUACUUCACAUAUGCGAGGAACAGGUGGAGGCCGUCAGAUCCUCAGAUCAUCUCCGAGGGUCUGUAUGCCAUCGCCGUGGUCCUGAGCUUCUCUCGCAUCGCCUACAUCCUCCCGGCCAACGAGAGCUUCGGCCCGCUGCAGAUCUCUCUGGGACGAACCGUGAAGGACAUCUUCAAGUUCAUGGUUAUCUUCAUCAUGGUCUUCGUGGCCUUUAUGAUCGGCAUGUUCAACCUGUACUCCUAUUACUUGGGGGCCAAAUAUAACCCCGCCUUCACCACGUGA